CGCUGCCACCUGUGUUCCUGCCCCAGGAGAGUGCAAAACGAGCCGUGUCCCACUCACUCUGGCACUGGCAGAGGUCGGUGCCCGGCUGCCGAGAGGCGUCCGGUGACACUCAAGUACCACUCCGCCGCCACCCGCCGGAGCCGCCUCCUUCCCUAGGAACACACCGCCCCCCCGCCUCCCUUUCCUCCAGCAGCUGCCGCCACCCCCCCUCCCCGAAGGAAAGAAAAAAAUCCACCAAAAAAAGAUAAAAACUAGGAAAAAGCAACAAAGAAGAGGGGAGCUAAAACUCAAGACCGCGAGGCGAGCCCCUGGCCUGGCUGUGGGGCGGCAGACCGCGGCCGGAGCCCGGGGGCGCACGGUGGAGCCACCCCGGGAGCCGCGCUCCGAGCCCCGGCGCGCCUCCGCCCGACCGCCGCCCCCCUCUGCCACCAUGAACAAGCUUUACAUCAGGAACCUAAACGAGAACGUGGCUCCUGCUGACUUGGAGAAAGUCUUCAAAGACCACAAGAUCUCUUUCAGCGGCCAAUUCCUGGUCAAGUCCGGCUAUGCUUUUGUGGACUGCCCCGACGAGCAGUGGGCCAUGAAAGCCAUCGAAACUUUUUCGGGGAAAGUAGAGCUUCAUGGAAAACAGCUAGAGAUUGAACAUUCAGUACCUAAAAAGCAAAGAGUUCUCAACGCCUUACGGGGUGCCCUUCAAUGGAAUUGGCUGCUCCUGCUGGAAAAUCCAGUGCAUGAUAUUCAACCGGGAGAUCAGGUCUAUGUGAAGAAUUGGUUCACAGACUCACUGAGAGAGACAUGGGACGGUCCCCAUCAAGUGAUCUUGACAACUUUCACAGCCAUAAAGGUAGUGGGAAUCGACGCUUGGAUCCACUACACUCGAGUCAAGAAGGUUCCAACCGAAUGGGAAACCCAAGUGGUAUCCCCCACUCGAAUGAUAUUUCGAGCCAAACAGCAUUCUUAACUGUUGUACUGUUGAUAUUAUUGAAAAUGGUAUCGGUCAAUGGAUUUGUAUUUGUCACUGUUAUAGAACCUGUGGUUACUGUCAUGGAAGGGAUGGAUGUCAAUUUAACCUGUGACAUUGCUGAUGACCAAGGAGCUGGAGCCGAGGAAAUAAUUGCGAUUUGGAAACAAGGACAAACCAGAUUGACUGCAAGUAUUGUUACUGUUUGGAAUAAGGAUACCCAAAAAAAAAGGAAGUGUUACCUUGCAAUUGACUAAUUUAACGUUAGGAGAAGCAGGAGUAUACAUGUGUUUGGUGUUAAUUCGGGAAAAUUUUGAUUAUAAGCGAAUAGAUUUGAGAGUAAUACCUUGGUCCCCGAUUCAGGAGGGAGUAGAACUAAUACCAAAAAUAGCUUUAAUGGAUAUGUGGGAUGGCCCGCCCUUGAGGAUAAAACUGCACUUUUACUUCACAAAGAGAAUGUGAAGCCCCGGUUCAAGUUAAAUGGUGGAAAAUGGGACCUCAAGGAUUGUGGGACAGGAUCGAGCAAGGAAUCAGUUGGUGGAAUGUGGGGAACAGAGGGAUAGGAUGGCUGAAUUAUACUCAACCUCUGUUGGGUAAGAUGGAUGGACAAUAUCUAUGUGUAGUUGUAUGUGGACCCUACUCUAAUUAUGGAAAAAGAAAUGUGCAGGGCUGACCUCAUUUGAAUCAAGGAAUUAGGGCCACACAAGGGGUGUAUCAGGCCAAUGAAGGGAAAAUAGUUAUUUUAACAUGUAAAGUGAAUCCCAGAAUGAGUUUUUCAGAUUUUGGGUGGUGGUUUGGAGAUAGCAGUAUAUAGCCUGGAAGGAAAUAUCGGAUAGAGAAAAGGUUAGGCGGCACCAUAGUAUUAAUAAUAAAUGACGUAUAGUCAGAUGAUGAAGGGAUGUAUUGGUGUUGGAUAGCCAAAGAUGCGUGGUGGGCCCACUCUAGGAUGUUAGUAUCAUUAAUUAGAGGCAAAUAUAGCCGAAGGAGAAUACGGGAUCUAGGAAAUGGGACAAUAAACUUCCAUCAAGAUGAAGGACGGGAAAAUUUAGUGGUCGGGUUGAUUAGAGAUUUUGGAAUGAUUCAGAAUGUAUCUAAGAUUACAGCAUGUUUGCCACUACCUCAGGCUGCAGGUGAACCUAUACCCUGGGGAAUUAUUCCAAUAACAACCAUGCCAGAAACCUCUGUUAAUUUUACUUGGAACUGCAGGCAAGUAUCAAUAAAGUAUGAAGAGUGGAUAAAUGGGUGUUUAAUACAGGGGGAUUUAACGGAAAAGGAGUGUAGAUCAUUGCCGGGGUAUUAUAGAUGGGUUAGAACAGGUCCUUAUGGGAGAGGUGGCAAUAUUAAAGGUCGCUGUACGUAGAUAGUACUAUUCCAAUAAUUGGAUAUUGGUGUAGUAGCACAAAAAUAAAAGUCGAAAAGAUUAGGAAUGAAGAGAUCUGCCUGAAUGUUACACAACAACAAACUUUGGAAGAUGAAUGGGACACAGUAUGGGGACCUGGUUUGUUGGAAUCAUAUAGUUACCUAGGUCCAGUACAAUGGUGUAUACAAUGGACAGGGGAGAAAGAUCAGACUCACGAUAGUGUGAUGGCUACAUACACUUCCGUGAGACCAUCCAGAGAUCAGAAAGAAAUAUGGAACUGUACGAAAGUUUUUACUUGUGACUCCCCAGAGAGUCAGAUAGGUUUAGUCCCUGUUAGAGUUCUGCUGAAAUGGGGGUGUGAAUGUCGGGGAUAUAAUCAUACGAUUAAAGACUAAAUAAAGGGAGAUGUACAUGAGAAAGGGAUGUAUGGAAAAAGGGUCAUUAGUUGCAAAUCCACUACAAUCAGAAGUCCAGGAAACUUAGUUUGGGUUAUGGGUCAUGGGCAAUGGACCACCCAUUUACCAAUUGAUGGUCCAGUAACUCAAAUAACCUUGGGAGUUCCCACAUUAUGCCCAUUUUGGAGACAAUCUAAAUUAGAAACAAGGAUAGCUCGGAAGAAAAGGGAAAUAGGUGAUGAUAUCAAGGUAGAAGAUGAAUGGCAUGAACCAAGUGAUGGAGUAGAAUUUGGCUGGGCUUUAGAGUCUUUGUUUGCACAGGCUGCAUCUUACCGUAAUAGGGAAAUGUUGUAUAAGCUACUGGGCCAGACUAAAAGAUUAGCAGCAGCCACCAAGAAAGGGUUUAAGGAUAUGAAUUUGCAGCUACAGGCAACUAGCAGAAUGACUUUGCAGAAUAGAAUGGCCUUAGAUAUGUUGCUGCUGCGGGAACAUGGGGUCUGUGGUUACCUGAGCAAAAGAAUUGAUCACUGCUGUAUCCAUAUUCCAAACAUGACAAUCGAAGUAGAAAAAGAUAUUUUACAAUUGGAAAAGGUUGAAACCGAAGCCAAAGAAAUUGAAAAAGAAGCUCAACAUAAUUGGAUAGGUGCAAUAUUUGAUUCAUUGGGGCUCCAGGUCUCUGGGUGGAUUUCCUCAGUCAUCCAAUAUGUAAUUAUGUUUGUUAUACUAUUGAUGAUAAUUUAUAUAGUUUACAAGUGUAUUUUAGGAACCAUUACCAGAGAAAAGCUCAACACCUGCAGAUUAAUGAAUGCGAUGACCAGAAAUGGAACUGGAAAUGGGUCUCCUCCUCCAUCAUAUAAGGAAAUCACUACUUGAGACACAGACAAUAAAGACAGAUGAUGUUGAGCAUCCUUGCAAGAUAGAAGAAUGCUCAAAAGGGGGGACUUGUUAGCAUUACUGUAUAUGGAAAGUUAGAAAUAGUUAGGCUAAGGUCUGUAUCGAGGCCUAGUGAGCAGUGUGGGAUGUUGAUGUAACCUAGCAGUCUAGGGAACUAGUGGGGCAUGCUGAGCUUGUGCAUUCUUGCUUAAACAAAGCAAAGAGAUUAGUGAAGAAUACUGAACGCUGAAUCUUGUUUUUCUCAAAGAAAUCGUUAUCUCGAAUGUUUACCUGUUUGUUAUCUAUGGAAAUUUCUUGUUGUGGAUUCAGAUAAGCAUAGUCUCAAGUAACUACAUGAAAGAGCACAACAUAAUCCUAAUGUCUAAGAAAACUGGUAAACAUCACGGGGACCUGAUGAAGUAAUCAUUUGUGGAAAGUAUAUAAACUCUGUGAAAUUUUCUGU